AUGAAGACACAGAGCCUGCGAGAUGGAAAUUACUAUGCGUGUAAACAGAUGAAGCAGCGCUUCGGAAGUAUUGAGCAAGUGAACAAUCUUCGAGAAAUACAAGCCCUGAAGCGCCUGAACCCACAUCCAAAUAUCCUUACGUUGCAUGAAGUUAUUUUUGAUUGUAAGACACUAAAUAUUGCAAUAUGCAGCUUGAUUCAGAGGAGAAGACGCCCAUUAUCAGAAAAAAAAGUGAUGCACUAUAUGUACCAGCUGUGUAAAGCCCUUGAUCACAUGCACAGAAAUGGAAUAUUUCACAGAGAUGUGAAACCAGAAAACAUAUUAAUCAAGCAGGAUGUCCUGAAGCUGGGGGACUUUGGGUCCUGCCGGAGCGUCUACUCCAAGCAGCCAUACACAGAGUACAUCUCCACGCGCUGGUACCGGGCCCCGGAGUGUCUGCUCACUGAUGGCUUCUACAGUUACAAGAUGGACCUGUGGAGUGCCGGCUGUGUGUUCUACGAGAUCACCAGUCUGGAGCCUCUCUUCCCUGGAGACAACGAGCUGGACCAAAUCUCCAAGAUCCACGACAUCAUCGGCACGCCUGCUCAGAAGACGCUCACCAAGUUCAAGCAGUCCCGAGCUAUGAGUUUCGACUUUCCUUUUAAAAAGGGAUCCGGGCUCUCUCCACUGACAACCAGUCUGUCCCCGCAAUGCCACGCCCUCCUGUGUGCGAUGGUGGCCUAUGACCCCGACGACAGGAUCACUGCCCACCAGGCGCUGCAGCACCCCUACUUCCAGGAGCAGAGGGCAGCUGAGAAGCAGGCUCUGGCCAGCCACAGACGCACUUUCUUGCUGGAGCACCCUGCUGCCCUGGGGCCUGCCGACAAUUGGCACGCAGCCAAGGAGGGCCGGAAGCAGAAACAGUCCCUAAAGCGAGAGGAGGACUAUCUCCAGAGACAAGGCCCGGCCUGCCUCGUAGAGCUGCCCAAGCUCAAGCUCUCGGGCGUCGCGAAGCUGUCCCACUCCAGCCCCGCGCUGCGGUCCGCCUUUGCAGCUGGAGCCCCCGGGAAGGGGCCGGUGCCGCAGCCCCUGAAGCGCGGCGGUGUCAACAAGAAGACAGAGAUGCAGAGGGACAUGAAGGCCGACCUGAAGCAGUGCCGUCUGCCCACCAUAGAGAGCCUGGAGGCCCAGCAGAGGGCCCUACCUCUGCGGCAGCCAGACCCUCGGCCGGCCGGCCAGGAGCGAGCCUGGUCCCACAUCCUGGAGCAGCGCCCCGCGCUGCCAGCUCAAGGCCAGGGCUGUGCUUGUAACUUCCGGGAAUGGGAGCUGAUCGGCGGGGACGCACGCUGUGCCCCAGAGGCUUGGCUCCCGGGCCCCAUCUGUGGCCCCAACCAGGUGCUCAGAGCACCAGGAGUGAUGGGCUUUGGGAAGACAUGUGUGCCAGCCCUGGGGCCAGGCGGGGAGGAGGAAGGCAGGGGUGGGGCAGGAGAGGAGCGCCAGGCUGGCCGGGGCGGAGGCACGCAGGGGCAGGCAGUCCCACAGCAGGCCCGCAGGCCUGCCUGGCUGCUCGGAGGCGGCAAGACUCGGGAGGAGGUGCUGGAGCUGGUCCUGGCCAGUCAGAGGUGGCGGCCUGUGUCCCUUCAAGAGUGGAGGGGCGAGGGCUGGCUCUCUCAGGCGAUCAGCAGAAAGGAGAAGCCUAAGGACCAGGGUGGCGUGGGCUGCAGUGUCCAGACCCAAGCCCACCUGCUGUGCAGCCGUGGGCACCAAGGCCCGCCUGCCGGGGCCUGUGUCCUGGGACUCCUGCAGGUAGGGGCAGUAGAGGGCACUCAGCACCACAGGCUCCUGGCAGCACGGGUGGGGCAGCUGGGAAAACAGGAGCAGCAUCCGAAUGCCCCCCAACCUCCAGAGGUGGAGAAGGGAGAGGACAUCUCACAGCAGGACACUAUCAAGCGUUGGUUCUUCCUGCCCGAGGGACUGUCCCUGGAGGGCCCAGCAUACUGCUCAGAUGAGACAACAAGGAUGUCUGCCAGAACAGCUCCUAGGGACACCCGGCCUGCCCGCCCCGCACUGGCUGCCCGGGCUUGGGCUCGAGAGCAACGGCUCAGCUCAGAGGCCAGGAUUGGCCACCGGCUCCUCAAUGCCCGGGAGGCAUCAGAAACAGAGCCUCUAAGCCACGACAGUGCCUGCCACAUUGCUGCCAGUGCUCGGGGUGCGGGAUGCAGGCUGGAGGAGCUGGCCCGGCCUCCACAUGGUGGCGGGGCGGCACGUGGCAUCAGUGCACUGCGGGCGGCGGGGCGGCACGUGGCAUCAGUGCACUGCGGGCGGCCGGGCAGCACGCGCUGUCUGUGCACUGCUGAGACACGGCUCUAG